GCCACAUUCUCGCUGUCUCCGAUUCAGCAAGUAUGUAAAUGUCAUUUUUAUACCGAAUUUACAAGAUUUAUUUUGCGUUAACGGCCGUGCGCAUUGUUUUUUAUAGCCGUUGAAGUGAUAAAAUCUGUUUUUUCUUUACAAAAUCCACAAUGGUCGUAUCUGGCGGUCGCGAUUAUAACCUCGUUCGUAUCACGUAACAUCCAGAGGCUCCGAUGGUCAGGAAAACGAUGGUGCUGAGCACGGAGUGGGCGCAGGUGGAAGUGGUCGAGCUUACGAACGACGAUACAAUGUGGGUGCCCAACUUGCCGGUCACCAUCCUCACGGGGCUAACGGCGGGCGCUGGAGCGUUGUGUCUUAUUAAGGACAUGAACGGUGGAAUAGCGUUCGAUAACAGCGUGUCAGCGGAAGGCAAGACUGUGAUCGUGACGGGUGCUACCAGCGGCAUCGGAAAAGAGGCGGCUUGGGAGUUUGCCCAACGAGGGGCUAAGGUAUUCAUGGCAUGUCGCGACAUGACGAAAUGCGAAGAGGCGCGGCGUGAAAUAGUUCUGGGCACAAACAAUAAGUACGUGUAUUGCAGACCUUGCGACCUCGCUAGCGCCGCCUCAAUACAAGAAUUCGUCGCUAGAUUUAAAUCCGAGGAGCCCAAAGUGAACAUUCUAGUAAACAACGCAGGCGUGAUGGAAUCGCCCCAAGGCGUCACACGGGAAGGCUUCGAGACGCAACUGGGCACCAACCACUUCGGGCAUUUCCUACUUACACAUCUACUUUUAGACACACUCAAGGAAUCAACCCCUAGUCGGGUGGUGAUAGUGUCAUGCAGCGCGCACCAGAAGGGCCAGAUACACAAGGAAGACCUGAACAUGAGCCAGAAAUAUGACGCCAUGGCUGCGUACAACCAGAGCAAGCUGGCGAAUAUUCUCUUCGCAAGGGAACUUGGCAGAAGGAUGCUAGAUUAUGACGUGGCGGUGACGGCCGUGGACCCGGGCUUCACAGACACCAACCUAACGCGUAACCUUGCCAUGAUGAAAAGCAUCACACGGUUCUUCGUGUACCCCAUCUUCUGGCCCGUCAUGAAGAAGGCCCGUACUGGCGCUCAAACUGUAGUACACGCGGGCUUGGAUCCUGAUCUUCAGAAGAGCAAGGGAGAUUACUUCGUUGACAUGAAGAAAACACCUCCAUCGGAGUUGGCGCAAGACUAUGAGUUGGCGCAGUGGCUGUGGCGGGUGAGCGACAAGUGGACUAAGGUGGACGAGCAUAAGGCAGCAGUGGCCAAAGCAUUGGCCGCUUGAUUUGGCUAACAGUGUUAGCUGGGUUAUUUGGAACCUAUAAAACGGCGUGGAAAACAGUCCAACAAGAUAUCGAAUGUUUGAAGAGAAAAAAACGUUAAGUGUUCAGUAUUUUGGGCCUUUAGUAGUGGAAAUUAUCAAGUUCAUACCUGUUAUAUGUUCAUCAACAUUCUACAAGCCUGUAGUAAUAAUUGCUGAACAUUUCCGCGAGCCCCCAUCCACCUUGUCAAGGUCAUCUAUCCAGUGAGCUAUGUCGGUGAUUUGAAUUCCACGGAUGUCUCCCGUAAGAAUUUCGUCCCUUAUGUAUUAAUCGGUAUGGGAAACUGUGCUUAGCUUAGUCAAAGUAGUGUAGGAGUUAUAGUUUCGACUAACGAUAAGCAAUUACUAUUUGUCUGGGCGCUAACUCUCAUCAAAUUUGCUCCAUAGCGCGUUGAGUAUAACAUAUUUUGUGGACGAAGAUGAACAAUUAUUUAGCAUGGAGUUAUCAAGUUUCAAUAACAUCUUAUUAUUAUAUCAAAUAUCACAUUUGAUUUCUGAAAACUUACACUUGGGAUACAGUAAUAAACUCUUAGACAUGAUAUCCGAAAUACCACAGAUAAAUACGUCAAGAGUCAAAAUGAACCGAGCUUUUCUGUAACACUUUUGUGUGGAAGUGUGCAUCAGACACCAGUUCUGGAGAAAGAGUAUUGAAAUAGCUUGCUCCAUGCUCUUCUAGGCAACCAAUAACUUAAAAGGGAGACAGCUAUCCUUACGUAUAUUAUACACAUAGCUAGGUACAUUAGUAUUCGCCAAAGAUACAGAUGACGCCAUCAACAAAAAAGUACAAAUCACAGAAUUAAGAACAUACAGAAUCCGUGUACACGACUAAUUUUGCAGCAUCAAUAACCACUCCACAUUAGUGGUGUUUUUCGAACAUUUCAUUAAUUUAUUCAUCAUUUUAGCUCUUAUGUUAUAACUGUUUACCAUAAAAUGGGGAACACGGGAAAAGAUUUUCAAAUAUCAGCAUUUCGCGGUUGUGAAAUGAGACGUGCUCGCGGCUUCUUCUUUGUUUUUAGACACAAUGCACUGCAUGGAAUAAUGUCUGAUUGAGGAUUCUGUAUGUUCUUAAUUCUAUGGUACAAAUACUUUGGUACCUAAAACUCAAAAUUAUUUAGUGGAGAUUUUUAAUGCUUGACGUGACUUAAUACAUUAGUGUGAUUGACGAUAGUUUAGAACAAGGCUGUUAGUUGAACAUUGUAAACUAGUGAUUCGCAUUUAUUUUUUCUAAAUGUGUAGAUUUUAGUAUUAAUAAAUAGGAGUAUUUAUCUUUA